GCCACAAAUUAAGAUGGCUUCGAAAGACCAAAUCGAAAGUUUAACGGAGGACGUAAUUUGUUCCAUUUGCCUGGAUUUCUUCAGCAAUCCGGUAAUAUUGGAGUGCGGACACAACUUCUGUCGCUCCUGCAUCUCACUGUAUUUGGAAGGCGCGGCGAAAGGCACUUGUCCGGACUGUAGAGCGAAGUUUGCGGACGCUAGUGCCAGGGACAAUUGGGCCUUAGGAAGUCUCUCCGAAAAAGCUCGAAAGCUAAAUCUGAAUCGGGAAGAGAAGACAAGUAAACUUCACUGCGAGGAACAUGAGGAAGAACUGAAGCUGUUUUGUGAAACUGACAACAAACCGAUCUGUGUGAUUUGCGUGGCCAAGCUGGAACACAGAGAGCACCGCCUCCUGUCGAUUCAAGAAGCUGUUGAAGUAUGCAAGGAUCAGAUGAACUCUACAUUAGAAUCUCUAAAAAGAAGGAAAUCAGCAAUGGAAGAAUUAGAGCAGCAACAGACGGAGAAGAUUUUUGUCAUUCAAGAACAGUCACACAGACUUGAGUCGCACAUCAAAUCCCUGUUUGCUGAACUGCACCGGGUUCUCACCGAGAAAGAGCAGCGCUUACUCCGAGAUGUCAGGGAAGACCAGGCGAGGAUUCUGAAUCAAAUGGAGAAAAAUCUUCGCCAGAUUCAAGAGAGGAUUAGUGAUGAUGAUUCUGCAUUGUCAGUAGCAGACAGUGUCCUUGAUGUCGGAAAAUUGGACCAUCCCUAUUUGUUGAGCGAGGUGCUGCAAGAAACGUAUGGCAGCGUAAAGAGAGUCUCUGUCACCCUGGAUGUUGAAACAGCCUCUCAGGAGCUUGAGGUGUCUGAGGAUCGGAAGCGGGUCAGAUUGUCCCAAUACGAGCCGGUAAACAGACAGAGUCUGUUCGGUUUUCUGAAUGACCGGAAGAAGUUCACUGCUCAGCCUUGUGUGCUGGGAUCGGAGGGACUCACAUCGGGGAGACACUACUGGGAGGUGGAGGUGGCGAGCAGUCAGAGAUGGGGGCUGGGUGUCGCUGCAGAGUCUGUGGAGAGGAAGAAAGAAAUCAAACUAAAACCGAAAUUUGGCGUCUGGGCCAUUGGGCGAAGUGCUGUCAGUUUUUAUGCAUUCACCUCCCCUGUCUCCCGUCUCCCUGCCGAUCCCAUCCCCGGGAGGGUGGGAGUUUAUCUCAGCUACGAGUCCGGGACAAUCUCAUUUUACAACACAGAGACCAAGUCCCAUCUCCACACCUUCACUGGGAAUAAAUUCACGGAGAAACUGUAUCCUUUCUUUUGGACUCUGGAUGAAAAGCACUGGCUGAGAAUCUGCUGCCAUUACGAUUAGGAUCGGGAAAACGGCGUGGUCCUGGGACUGGCGUGAGGAGCGCAACGCAUCGGCUGUGGGACGGAAGCUGCGCUGAACAGGCUCCAUUUAAUCCCCAAAGACUGUACUGUGAGUCUGAAAAGGGUCCGAAGAUGACUGGAAGAAUUGCAUCAGCCUUGAUCGAAUGACUGAAUUUAUGCCGUAGCUCUGCUGAUUUUAACGUGUUAUCUGCAUCCUUCGCACUUGGAAAUAAUCGACAUGUCCGCGAAUUCCGCAAUAGCUGCGUGCGGAGAGUCCCGUGAUCCCCGACUCA